AGAGUUGAUGGAAAAACAAAUGAAAGAACGUUAUUGUUUUUGUCAAAAAAUGAGCAUACUACACUCCAAAGUUGUAAACACUUAACCUUACAUAACCUCAAACAACUUUAAUGCAGUUGUUGUUCUAAACGAAAGAUAAAAUGAUGCCGCCAUUGAAGAAGUUGAUGAUAAUAAAAAAUGAUAAUGAUGAAAAAAUUAAUAAUCCUGAAGAAAAGAAAACACAAUCAGUAUCGUUAGUUUGUAACAUUUGUGGUCAAUCUCACGAUACACAUGAGUGUCCUUUUCUUUCUAAUUUACAAUAUAUUAAAGAUUCUCCUGUCCUUUCUCGAGCACGCCAAACAUUGCCAAAAGACCUAGAAAUUACAAAAAUGGCUGAUGGAUCAUUAAGUGUAAUUGCCAAACGUGAAUUCCAACGAGGAAUGACAUUUGGACCUUUUCAAGCUAAGAGAAACUGGGCUAUGAAUCCUGCAAAUCUUUUUCCAAUUAAAGUAUUCGGAAAUUCAUCGGUCCCUACUUGUUAUUUAGAUUAUUCAGAUGAGGAUUUAAGCAACUGGAUGUCUUUUAUUUUACCAGCAUCUAAUGCUAAAGAACAAAACCUUAUUUGUUAUCAAGUGAAACAAGAUAUUUUUUACACCGUUAUGAGGAUAAUUCCACCUGGAGAAGAGUUUAGAGUAUGGUAUGCGCCAUAUUAUGCGUUAAAAAUGAAAAUGCCUCUGUAUAAUAUGGAUUUUGCUAAUGUUGAGAGUGAUGUGUUGAAUCGUGAUAUUGAAAUAAGAAGUUUGGAGACUGCAAAUGACUCCGUUGAAAUUUUAAAUAGAGAUAUAGCCCAACAAUUAGCUGAACGACUUCCAGCACAGCAGUUAGGUGCUAAAUGUGAACAAGAAAACUGGACGUGUCUUUUAUGUUCUUCAACAAUUAAUUCUGUCGUUAAUUAUGCCAAACAUUUGAUGGAACAUUAUAAACCUCUUCUUGGAGCAUUUUGUAAUAUUUGCAAUAGAAAAUUUUAUAAUAACUCCAUUUUGGAAAAACAUAAAAUUAUGAAACAUUCAGAUAUUGCCAUGGGUAAUGAAACCAUGGGUAUACCAACGUCUUCAAACCAACAACAACAGAAUACUCAAACUGUUUUGAAUAUGAGUGAUAUGGAUGGACAAACUUCAGAUGCUAUGAAAGAUAUUUUUGAAAAGUUUAAAUCAGGAAAAACAAUAACUGAAAGUGCUUUAAUUAUGACUGAUAAAGAAAAUCAGUCUGAUAUUUCUCUUCUUGAUUCUCAUGCUAUAAGUAUGAAUGAUUUCCUUCAAAAUAGUGGAAAUCUGAUGGAAUCCUCUUCGUUGAACUCCUCUUUAAAGUCUAUUUUGGAAAAUCAAUGCCUUAAUAUCAAUAUUAGUUCUAUGGCAGAUUCUAUUCUUUCAGAUAAUAUUUCUACUGCUGAUGGUGUCAGAUUUAAUGUUGAUGAACUUGCAUCGGAACUCUCUCUAGACAUCACAGCAGAUGAUGAAAGUGCAAAUAAAAAAAUAAACAAUUUCGAUUGUGAUAUUUGUGGUAAAAAAUUCCAAAGACCUGAUUACCUUUAUCGACACUUGAGAAAACAUACUGGAGAAUUUAUUUGUUCUGGAUGCCUUGGUGUUUUUGCGAGAAAAGAAAAUUUAUUAACUCACGUGUGCUCUUUUCAAAAAACAAAUGUUAAUUUAGAGUGUCCAUAUUGUUCAAAAACAUUUGCGGUAAAAAAAUAUUUGAAAAGACAUAUGGCUCGACAUUUUGAGCAUAAUAGAUGUAAGUGGUGCAGAAAUACUUUUACUUCUCCAUUAGAAUUAAAAUCUCAUGAAUGUAAUGCUCCAAAGCAUAUUUGUAAUCAAUGCAAUAAGAUAUUUGUUCAUCGAGCUCAUCUUAAUCGUCACAUGAAACUUCAUUCAGAACCUAAACCAAUUAUUCAGAAAAUUAAAAAAAAGUCAACCGAAGAUGAACCAGCUAUUUGUGAAAAAUGUGGUGAUAUUUUUAAAACUCCUUACAGUUUAAAACAACACUUGAAAUCUCAUGGAGAAAGAACGUAUGAGUGUGAAAUUUGUCAGAGACGUUUUCAUAGAAUUGGUGUAUUAAAAGAACACAAACAAAUUCACCAAAGUGCUCAAAUACCUUGUGACGUUUGUGGAAAAAAAUUAAAAAGUAAAAAGGCUCUAGAUGUUCACGUUUUGCUUCAUGGAAAUAAAAAAUUUCAAUGUGAAAAAUGUGACAAGAGCUUUUUCCAACGAUGUAAUUAUUUAAAACACUACAAACAAAUUCACACAGAAAAAAUAAUGCAUAAAUGUCCUCACUGUCCAACUCAAUUUGCCAACGAAAUCAGUUUCAAUAAACACGUAACAGGUCAUACAAAACCAUCUAAAUUCACGUGCUCAUCUUGUCAUAAGUCUUUUCAUGGUCAGUAUCAGUUGAAAAGACACAUUCAAUCUACCCACAGUGGUAUAAUUUAUCGCUGUCCUUUUUGUAAGAUGACAGCAAGACACAAACAUAGUAUGAGAAGACACUUUGAAAGGCAGCAUAAAAGCUUGAGUAAUGAAUGGGAUCAACCAGGGUUUGUUAAUCAACUAAUUGAAAAGUCGGCUUUAAAUGAAGAGAAGAUAGAUAAUGUUGAUAAUAUUGAUAAUUCAAAAAUUUUAUUAUCAGUUCCUGAAGUUACUGAAACGUUUUCAAAUAUACCAGAGGUAACCCAAGUAGACAAUCGUAAUGAAACAUUGAUUGAUGAUUCAGAAAUAUUACUCCAAUCAACAGAAAUUAAUCAUGGUGCGGUUGAAGCCUCUGAAAUAUCUUUGACUGAAGUUCCUCAGCUCAGUAUAAGUGAUUCAGAUUCUCAACUCGCUGAAUCUGUAUUAAACAAUGCUUACAUCUUUGGAGAAAAUGGAGAUAUAAUGUUCUAUGUCCUUGAUAAUAAUUCUGUUAUUAAUUAUUAAUCAAAUAUUUGCAAUGAUUCGUAUGUAAUUAUAUUGAAUUGGCAAAUGAUUUUAUCAUCUAUUCUAUUUGAAUAUUUAAUAAGGUUAUAUUUUAAAAUUAAGUGUUGGUUAUAUUAAAAAUCAGUUUGCCAAUUCUGUAAGAAAUAACUCAGUCAUUAAAUCUCAAAUUAUUUUGCAAAGGUUCCUAAAAACCUAAAAAUGAAGACUGAUAUACUCUAGUUAAUUAUUAAUAUGAAUAUUAAUGUUAAUUAUAUUGUCAAGCAUCAAAGUUACUAUUAAUGAUAGAAGUUAUGAAGUAGAAUUUACUCGUAAUGUAAAAUCUAAAGAGUUUAUAUGGAAAAAUAUUCUUAAUUUGCAGUUUAAGUAUUUCUUUUAAUUAAUUAAGAAAAGUUUUUUGUGUUUAUAAGGAUUCUAUUUUGUUUUCAUUAUAAAAGCAUCUUUAA